AUGGCUGAUGAAACCAAAAUAGGGAAAGAAGAAUUAAGGGUGUGGAUAGAGGAUACAUUGAAAAGAAAAGAUUUUUCCUUUAAUUGUUUGAAAGACGGUGAUAUAUAUUUACAACUGUUUGAAUAUAUAUGGCCAAAAGUGAUGAAAAAAUAUAAAGGACGUAUUAUAAUGUAUCCAUCAAGUGAUAAUGAAAGAAAAGAAAAUUGGAAAGUAAUAAAUAUUGUAUUGAAGAAGGUACAACUUGAAGAAGAUUUUAUUAAGUAUAAUGAUAUUGUUAAAAAUAAUUUUAAACCAUGUUAUGAAUCAUUAAUUAUUUUAUAUUUUUUAUAUUCUUUAGUGAGAUAUCAUGAAUGUGAUUUUAUAUUAGCACAUCCGAUUGAUCAAAAAUUAACUGAUUUUAUGUCUAGUGAGAAACCUCUAACAUGCUUGGUUAAAGCAGGUAGUGUUAAUCUCCCAAAAAAUGUAUUUGAAAAUUUUGGGAAUAUGUCUCAAUGGGAAGAUCUACAUGUAAUAGAUGAUGACAAGGGGGAAAAUGAUGACAGGGGAAAAAAUGAUGACGGGGGAAAAAAUGAUGACAAGGAAAAAAAUGAUGACAAGGAAAAAAAUUAUGACAAGGGAAAAAAUGAUGACAAGGAAAAAAAUUAUAACAAGGGAAAAAAUGAUGACAAGGAAAAAAAUGAUGACAAGGAAAAAAAUGAUGACAAGGAAAAAAAUGAUGACAUAUAUAAUGAAAUGUAUAACCAAUUCAAUAAUAUAUUAAGUACUUCUCAUAAAAAAUUAGAUAUGCAAAAUAACGUAUCUUUUAAAAAAGAUGAUAUAAAAAAGGAUAGUUCAAUGGAACACUUAAAUUUGAUCUAUCCUAUAAAUUCUCAUAUGGAAAAUACCUUUGAUAAAUAUAUAAAAAAUUGUGAAACCUAUACAAUUGAUCAUAACAAAGAAGAACAACAAAAUAUGAUGGACCCCAUUGAUUCAAAUAGUAACAUCAAAAUGGAGGAAGUAUCAAAGGAAUACAAGAAAAAAAAAAUUUUUUUAGAAAUGAAUAAGGAAAAUAGUGAAGAAUUAGAUACUAGAGUAAAUAGAAAUUAUACAAAGGAAGAAAUAAAAUAUGAUAAAAAAUAUGAUCAAAGUGAUACUGUUGUAGGAUAUGAAAAAUGUGUAAAUGAUGAUACCAUAUCUUAUAAUAAACAUUUUAGUGAUAAUAUAUUGAGUGAAGUUACUUGGAAUCGUUUUUCUUCCAACAUUUCUUGUUAUGAUGAUAAUAAAUUAUAUAACAAAGGUUUGCAUAAUAAUAUGUCCAAUAUAUAUAAUGAUAAUAUGGAUAUAAAAACAAAGAAUUCAAAGGAAUUUCAUAUAAAUGGGAUAAAGAGAAAGAGUGUAUCGCACAAUUUAAGUAAUAUAUGCACUUCUCCUUGUAGUGAAUUUUUUAAAUAUUUUAGAUUGGACGACGAGAUAUUUCAAGACAAUAAAACGAAAAAUAAUGUAGAUAUGAUAAAUAGUAAGGAGGAUCUAUUAAAAAAUGAUUUGGGUUUAUAUAAGAAAGAAAAAUAUAAUAUGUGCACAUAUAAAUAUAACAGCAACAACAACAACAACAACAACAACAAAAACAACAACAACAACAACAACAACAAAAACAACAACAACAACAAAAACAACAACAACAACAAUAAUAAUAAUAAUGAUUGUUUUGGAAGAAGGCCUAUCCAUUUCUUUAAACACCUCAAUAAACAUAAGGUAGAUGUGCCAUCACAAACAGAUAAUAAUCUAGAGGAUAUAUUUUUAAACAAUAUAAUUCAUCAUGAGAAUAUAAAAAAUCUAGAAAUUAUAUGGAAUAAUAAUGAACAAAAGUUGAAGGGGGAAUCUUUAAUUCUUUUCUUAAAAAAUCAAAUAAAAAUGUAUAAAAAAGAAUUAAGUAUCAAAAAUGAUGAAAUAAAAAGUAUACAAAAUAUACACAAAAAAAAUAUAGAUGAUAUAAUAUCAUCUCAUAUAUUAGAAAUAUCCAAACUUAAGGAAAAACACCAAGCAGAUAUUUUUUUCAUAAAAAAUCAGCACUUGGAAAAUAUAGUAAGUGUAAGAAAAAAUUUUGAAUCAAAAUUAAAUCAUAUAGAGGAAGAUCUUUUCUUAGAUUUGGAUAUACUUUAUAACGAAGAUAAUGGUUAUGUAAUAAAUGAACAAAUUAAUCAAAUAAUUAUAGGAGAACAAAAUGAAAGAGAAAAAUAUGGAACAGACGAACACAUUGAUAAUUUUCUCAAUAAUAAGGAGAUCAAAAAAUGUGAUAUGAAUAAUAAUGUGAACAAUUCUAAUGAUCAUAUAAAUAAUAAUAAUAAUAAUAAUAAUAAUGAUGAUGAUAAAAUAAAUAAUAAUAAUAAUGAUGAUGAUAAUAUAAAUAAUAAUAAUAAUAAUGAUGAUAAUAUAAAUAAUAAUAAUAAUAAUAAUUAUUGUUAUUAUUAUAAUAAUACUUUAAAAUGUUCAGAGAGAGCUAAUAACAUAAGGGAUGUUAAUUAUUUAGAAAUAAAAGAUAACAAUAAUCUUAUGAUAUAUGAAAAGGAUAAGAUAAAGGAACACACACCAAAUAAUGAUAUACUAUAUAAUAAUAUUUCAAAUGAAUUUAUUAGAAAUAAGGAUAUACCCUUUAAACAUGAAGAACAUAAUUUGAGAAACAAUAUUAUUAUUCCACAUGGAUUAGAUGAUAAUCCACUUAAGAAGCUGAAAUUUUUGUGGAGUUACAAAAAUAAAGAACAUGAAGAUAACAAUAAAUAUAUAAAAGAAGAAAUGACUCACCUUAAGAAAAUAUAUAACCAAGUAUUCUUAGAAAAAACUAAAGAAUACGUUGAACUAUAUGUUAACAAUAAAAUAUUUUAUGAUAUAUUACAAUAUAUUGAAAAGGACAAUAAUGUUGUUAAAGAAGAUAUAUUGAAAAAAAAUAAUGAACAUUAUUAUGGUAUAGAAGAAAUUAAGAAAAGAAUAUAUGAUAUUAUAUUAAAAAAUAAUAAUGAAAGUAAUACAUAUAUGAACGGAAAGAAAAAAGAAGAAAACGAAAUUGUUAAAGAGCUAGAUGAAAAUUGGUUAAUUAAAUUAUUAAUAUAUAUGAACUCAUUACUACAAUUAGAAAGGUUAAGAUUAGAAGAUAUGAAAAUUAAACAAGAAAGAAAUAAUGGUAUCAACAAUUAUAUCAAAAAUAAAAAUAUGAAAAAAAAAGAAUUAAUAAUUGAUGAAGAAGAAGAAUUAGAAGAAGAUAUAUCAAGCAACGAAAUACAUAGGCUAGAAAAAGAGAUGGAUACAAAUGAAAAAAUAAAAAUGUUGAAAGAGAAAAAUAGAAAGUUGUUAUCCCUAAAUGAAUUUUAUAAAAAGAAAUUAGAACAUAUACAAGUAUGGAAAACAAAACUGGAAAUUAUGAAAAAAAAUAAAUGUAACGAGGUUAUUCAUAAUGAAAAUAAUAUGGAUAAUAAGGAAACUAUUUUUUUCAGAAAAUAUAAAUGUGAAGAUGAUAAAGGUGUUUCAAAUAAGGUGGAGUAUACACAUAAUAAUAAUAAUAAUAAUUAUAGUAGUGAUAAUAAUAAUAAUUAUAGUAGUAGUAAUAAUAUUAAUUAUAGUAGUGAUAAUAAUAAUAAUAAUAAUAAUUAUAGUAAUAAUUUAAGAAAUGGAUUUACAUCCAUAUGGUUCCCACUCAUUUAUUUAAAACCUGUUGAGGAAGAAAACAAAAGAGAUGCAGAAUUAAUGUAUCUUUUAAAAAUGUUAGGUAGAUAUAAUAAUGAGAAUAAAAAAAAUGAUAUAUGGUCUUCUAAGUAUGAAGAUAAUGAUAGUAAUACGGAUUAUACAAAAUUGAUAAAUGAUACAUAUAAUAAUGAUGAUAAUAUUUUUAAUUUUGCUUAUGAUGAAAAUGAAUAUAUUUCAUGUAUUAAGACAGAAAAUAAGAAAUCCACUCAUAAAUGUUAUAAUGAUAAUGAAAAUACAAAUUAUAAAAAUAUUAAUGUAGAAGAUAGAAAAGAUAAUUUUUUAUAUGCUCCAUACAAUCUUUUAAAUGUUUUAAAAAAAAAACUAACAUAUAUAUUUUGGCAACUUCUAGGUGAUAUUUAUAAAUACCGAAAUGUUAUCGUAGAAACAUGUAACUACAUAUAUAAUAUACAUAAUUUAUUUAAUGAAUAUAUAAAUAAAUAUGAAAAAAGUGAAAAGAAAAAUGAAGAAUGUUAUAAUAAGUAUAUGAAUGAUAAAGAAGAUGAUUUUUUAAAUGAAAAAUAUAAUUUAAGAAAAAUUAUAGGAGUAACAAAAUUAAAAUUGGAAAUAUGUACUAAUGAAUAUAUGGAAUUAAAAGAAAAUUAUGAUAAGGAAAAAAAACGUUUAAUUAUGUUAACAAAUACAUGUUAUGAAAAUGAAUGUAUGAAAUAUAAAAAUACCAUACAACAAUUUAAAAAUGUAGAUAAACAAUUAAAAAUAUAUAAAGCAAGAGAAAAAAAAUGGAUAAAUUUAGUUAAAUUAUUAAUAUUAGAAUUAAAGAAUUCUUCAAAAACAAAUCAAGAAGAUAUUAAAAAUAUAUGGAUAGAAAUUAUAUCUACUAAAAAAGAAAUAAUUAAUCAUAAUAAUAUAUAUAUGGAAAAUAAUAAUACUAAUGAUUAUUUUACAAUUCAUAAGGAAGAUCAAGGAAAAGGUAACAAUUUAUUAAAUGAUGAAAAACUAUUCAUUCAGAAUAUAAACAGACAUAUAGAUGAAAAUAAUUUUCCUUUUGAAUAUAACCAUGAUACGUCUACUAUUUAUAAUAAUAAUAAUAUUGUAAAAAAUAAUGAUGAUCUUAUAGUAAAAAAUAAUAAAACAAAUAAAAAAGAGAACAGAAAUAAAAAAAAUAUUCAAAUGAAAGAAAAACAAAAUGAUAAAAUCAAUUUUUAUAAAAAAGAUUUUCAUUCUUUUUUAGAUGAUAUAGUAAAAAGUGAACUUUUUCAUUUUUAUUCAUAUGAUGAACCAAAUAAUUUUAUUACAAAUAAAAUAAACUCUCAUAUUGAUAUGACAUCUAUUAACAUCAAUACAAAUGAAUAUUAUAGACAUGGUGAUGAGCUGUACAUAGAUAAAGAUAAUAUGGAAGACUAUAAUUUGUAUUAUAAUAAAAAAAUAAACCAUCUCUAUAAUAAUUAUAUUCUUCGUAAUUAUAAUAAUAAUGAUAACAAUGAUAAAAAUAAUAAUGCACAUAGUAAUAAUAUACAUAAUAAUAAUAAACAUAAUAAUAAUGCACAUAAUAAUAAUACACAUAAUAAUAAUGCACAUAAUAAUAAUACACAUAAUAAUAAUACAAACAAUACAACUAAACAUUUAUCAAAUCAAAUAAAAGACAAAUUAUAUGAAGGAAACGAUUUCUUUAGUUUGGUAAGUAGUAUAGCAAAAGAAUCUUGUCUUAUUUUUCAAAUAUUAUUAAAAAUAAAAGAAGAUGAUAUAAAAGAGAAAACCGAAAAAAUAACAUCAUUAGAAAAAAAAUUAUAUUUAUUAAAACAAUAUAAUAUAAAUGAAAAAAAUAAGAAUAAAUUGUUAUUAGCGAAACAGGAAAUAUUAACUAAUAAAAUAAAUACAUUGAAUAUUGAUAAACAUAAAUUACAAACACAUAUAUCAUCAAUAAAUAAAGAAAAACUACAUUUAAAAAGUCAUAAUUUAACAAAACAACAGGAACUUAAUUUAAUUAUCACAUAUUAUAAAAAUAUAAUUAUAUCCAUUCAAAAACAUAUAAAUAAAUAUUCAACUGUUCUACUUCUAUUAGAUAAUAUACCUCAACAUGAUAAAGAUAUUAUUCUUAAUUUAACAAAUAACCAUGAUGAAAAAUGUAAUAAUUUAAUAUUCUCAUUACAUAAACAACAAAAGGAUGAUUUAAAAACAAAAAAUGAAUUCAGCGAUCAAGGUUCUCACGAUUCUUCUAUUCAACAAACAAAUUUACAAUUAUUAAAAAGUAAAUCAACGAAUGAAAAUAUGAUCACAGGUCAAGAUUGA